AUGAGCCAGGCCGACUUUCCCCUGGCAGAGCACAAAUCCGACGGGAUGCGGCCCCACAUCUGCUGCGUCCCCCCUCCCCGCGCCCCCACCUCGCAGGGCAGCGGCCGCAAUUCCCUCCUGGCCAGGGCCGAGCCCCGACGGGGGAGUCCGCGACCGGAACAGCCCUUGGACUGCGAGCCCGGUGCGGAGCGGCGGAGUGGGACCUGUCCCCAGGCGCCCAGCGAGCGCUACCUGUCGGAGUCAGCCCCUGACGGCGGAUGGCUGAGCGCCGACGAGUCCUCGGGCUACGAGAGCGAGAGCGCCGGCGGGGAGCGCUCGGAAGCGGAGGCGCCGUGCGGGAGCCGCGGGCGUCAGCGGCGGGCGCGGACCGCCUUCAGCUCGGAGCAGGUGUGCCGGCUGGAGAAGACAUUCCAGCACCAGAAGUACCUGGGAGCCUCGGAGCGGAGGAAGCUGGCGGCCGCCCUGCAGCUCUCCGAGGUCCAGAUCAAGACGUGGUUUCAGAACAGGAGGAUGAAACUGAAGAGGGAAAUCCAGGACCAACAGCACCUCGUAUCUCCUGCUCCACUCUACAGCUUCCCCCCGGAAACCACCCCUCCAGCCCUCCUUUCCGAUGAAGGCUUUCCGUUGUCUUUCCACUAUCCCUUUGCUCCACAGCAUCAGAGACUCCUGCCUCUCCCCCCGGUGUCUGCGAUGCAGCUCAGCUUCUCCUUCCCCAGAUACGAUGCUUUUCAAAGCACCUACUGCUUCAUGGCAAGCGAGCUGCCAUACUACCAUCAACACUUGCUUCCUCCUCAUCCUUCUUUCCAUUCAGUAAUUCAGAAUAAAAUGGACAAUAAAUGCCAUCCUCUGUACACCUGA